GGGAAUAGUUGAGAGGAAACAUGAAAUCACCAGGUAUUCUGACUCAAAGUUCCACAUCUUAUCAAGAUGGAUCAGUUCAGGAUGCUGUCUUUGAUCUUUUUCAAUCAACCAACCUUGCCUUUGAAUAGUUUCCUUGACCAGAUUUCUAAAUAGUAACCCUCCUAGUUUUUUGUCUGCCUCCAGACUCUGCCUUCUCAUUACUCCAUCCCACCUCCCCCUCCAGUUUCCAGGUGACAGGUUACAGCUAGCCUCAGAAGGAAGGAGCCCAGAGGAAGAUAGGAUCACCUGCUCUUCUUCUGCCUUCUCUUUUCGGAACUCUCUACCUGUACUGGUCAGAAGUUUGGGCCAGGGGACCAAAAAGACCAAGGGAGAUUCCUAGCCUAAGGAUCAGCUGAUUCUUUUGUCUACCCAAGCUUCAACCUAAGAAUUGGGAAAGAUGGUUCUGGCCAGGACUCUAGUUCUCCAGCUACUCCUGGUACCAGCUCUGACCUUCCUCUCCUUCUCAUCCUCCAAAGUCAGAAAUUUCCGUAUUCUGCACGUUGACUUUCCCAAGAUUACAUUUGCAAAGGGGUUCCACGGCUACUGCAAUGGUCUGAUGUCCGUUGUUCGAGGAUACAGUUAUGAUAAGCACUGCCCCUGGAUCCACUACGUGCUGCAUGCGCCUUGGAACCAAAUAAGUAAAAACUGCAAGAACCCUGACAGCUUCUGCGAGGACUUCAGCGAGUACUGCACUAUCAGCCAAGAUGCCUUUUUUCUUACCACCUGUACCCGACGAGUGAUCUCGGAGCCGCCCACCACCUGCCAGUACAAUGAAACCACUUCCACUCAACGGGUCUACCUACUUUGCAACAAAAAAUUUAAUGGGGAACCCAUAUAUAUCGUUGGUCUCCUCGAGAAGUAGAAUUGGGAGGGACCCAAGUGGCAGGGGAAACCUAGAUUCCUAUCCCUGGCAGAACAAGGGGCAGGCUCUUGUUCCCUGACUGGGGAAUGUAAGUCUUCCCCCUGCCCUCUGCAUCCCUAUGACAGCAAUGCAGGCUGAGCCAGUUUCCAGGAAACUAGAUCAUUUAACAAAGUCUCCAAGGGCCCCUGACCACUCCCCACAGUCUCUACACGAAUAACAGAUAAAUUACCUUAUAGAUCAAAAAGAAAUUGCCCUAUUACCUUUUAAACAAGUCCAAUCCUAUGCCUCCCUUCCCAAUCUCCUCACCCAAAGAUAUAGCCGCCCCUCACCCUAUGUAGGGGUCAGAGUCUUCCCUCCCUCCCCUCCUUUGCCCUAAGAAGUUAACUCUGUCCAGUUGGCAGAGAUUGGCUGUUCACUUGGCCGGAUCCUGAAAAUUGGAAAAAGGCCCAGAGCCAUGGCCAGCACCAUGACAACAGCUGGCCUGGCCUCCCUUCUCCCCAACCCCCACCUUCUAUCCCUCACUACUUCUUUCUGUGCUCAGCUUCCUCCAAAGGGUAUCUUUGUUUGCUAGACUGGCCAUCUAGUUUCUGAAGCAACCAGCCCCCUCACACCCAUCCUGGGGUCACAGAACCCCUUCCUAUUCCAUCUUCCCUACCUCAACUACACACACCCAAAUUCUCAGUCUUUCCCUUUCUUUCCAGUUCCAUAUAUAUAUAAAAGCUGUCUUCUCCUUUCUUUCCAUCCCACAACAGAUUCUAAGUAGCACUUGUGGGGCUGAGUGGGAUGGGCUAAGAUAAAAGUUUUUAAAACCA